AUGGAGCUACCAAAGCUGAAAUCAAGAAGAACGGGCAAUCGUAGUGCCGUUACCAGACUUUUACGAAAAUUUGCCGACGCAAAAGAAAGUUCUGAAUUCGACCGAGAGGAGCUGUUAGCCACAUACGAAAAUCUACAACAGAAGAAGAAGUUACUCGACACACUGAAUGAACAAAUUGAGAACGCAUCGGAAACAGAGGAUAUAGAGACGGAAAUCGUAGACACAGAUGAGUAUACUACAAAUUGUGUUACUAAACUGAGACAUUUUAAGAUAUUCAUAGAUAAAACAUUACAACCUAUUUCCAAUCAACCAUCACAUUUGUCUUAUCAAGUUUUAAAUGUAGACAGUCCACCGUUCAUUCCUACUAGUUCACCCGAAAUUGUACAGACAAGUUAUGUCGCCCCGUCAUUGCCACAGUCAAAUGAUGCCGCUCGAAUUUUAACAGAGACAAGCCAAAUUGCCACAUCAAUUCCCACGUCAAGCUAUGCUGUCCCGUCCGCUAUAUCCAGCAAUCACCGUUUGCCAAAAUUAACUUUACCUACAUUUAAUGGCAAUAUAUUAGAAUGGCCAAGCUUUUGGGAUUCUUACGAAUCAGCAGUUCAUUACAACCCAACAUUGACAGAUGUUCAAAAGUUUAAUUAUUUGAAGGCCCAAUUAGAAAACGAAGCCGCUCAGACGAUUGCCGGAUUUUCUCUAACUAACGCUAAUUAUGCCGAAGCCGUUAAUGUUCUGAUAGAGAUAUUUGGACAGACUCAUAAAAUCACACAAGCACACCUACAAGCACUGCUUGAUAUCACGCCACCCCGAGAUGACCUCAAAAGCCUGAGAAUGUUUUAUGACAAAAUGGAGAGUUUAGUUAGAGGACUUGAAUCGCUUGGACAGACACAGGACUCGUACGGUAAUUUAUUAGUCCCGAUUAUAAUCAACAAACUACCCGGAGAAAUCAGAAAGCAUCUCGCUCGGGAGCAUGGUACGACAAAUUGGUUAUUACGAGAUCUUCGAAAAAGUAUACAUAAAGAGAUACAAAUCAUGGAAGCCGGACAAGUUACACAGACAGAAAGUGAUAUUUCGUAUACUACCCUUUUCGCCGGUGCUAACACACAAAGAAAACACAACGCAAGUACUAGAAAUAUUAAUCAACAUUUAACAGAAAAGCCGUGCAUUUUCUGCAAAGACAUUCAUUCGCCUGCCAACUGCCAGAAAGUACGCGAUUUAGAUGAACGCAUCGCUAUUGUUAAACGUAACAAUUUAUGCUUCAACUGCCUCGGUACACAUCACAUAAAGGAAUGCAAAUCGAAAAGCUCAUGUCGUAACUGUGGUAAACGACACAACACUAGUUUAUGUAGCGAAGUUAAACACACCGCAGACCCCGAAAAAAGAAGUAACGCUGACACUAGAAAUUCUUUAAACAGUUGUAAUAAGAACGAAACUACGCCAUCUACAUCAACUAUAGUAAAUCUUGUGAAGGACACCGAGAUACAAGAAGAUUCCACGAUUUUACACUCGUCAGCACAAUUUCACUCAAAUGUAUUGUUGAAAACUGCCGUGGCCCCCGUUUGGUCAGAUCAUCAUUGCACAGAUACGAAUAUUUUGUUUGAUGAAGGCGCUCAAAGAUCUUUUGUAACGGAGAGUCUUGCGCAUAAAUUGAAUCUACAGAGAGAAGGAGCCGAAAAGAUUCAACUCUCAUCAUUUGGAGAAACCAACACUAAUGCUAGGCGACUCGAUAAAACCACAGUUUAUGUUGAAACUGAAACUGGACAUAAAAUCUCAGUACAUGCAUCGAUCGUUCCUAUGAUAGCUACGCCGAUACAGAACCACAUUCGUUACAUUGACAGGAACAAUAACUAUUUGAAAGGACUAAAGCUCGCACAUUCUGUUACGCAACAAGAUACCUUUGAAAUUUCGUUAUUAAUUGGAGCCGAUUUUUAUUGGGAAAUAGUUGAAGAUAAAGUUGUACGCGGAAACGGACCCACUGCUGUCAAAUCAAAAUUAGGGUACUUACUUUCUGGACCGUUAAAUUCAGAAAAAUCACAGCUAUCAACAGUGUCAAGUAUUUCCAAUGUACUUAUAUCACAUCAAACAGAGGAACACAACUUAGAAGCGUUUAGGAAGAGUGAAGAUCGAGAAGUAGAAUUUCAACAAGUACACGACGAAAAAGAGAACUAUAUAAGAACUUCAAUAGAGUUUCGCGACGACAAAGAGUAUGGAAAGUUACCAUGGAAACACGACAACGAUUAA